AAACAAGCACAGCAAGGUAUAUUACCGAUACUGGCCAGGCCCGACAUUGCCGAGGCAGUGGCAUCAGGUGAUGGCACGAACGCCGGUCAUGCAUCCACUGAACACACACAAAGUCCGGCAACCGACUCGGAGCAUGCAGAGCGAAGAGCACGGAAGUCUCGUUGGAGUACCACGAAGUCGUUCGUUCCCGGAAUGCCAACCAUUUUACCGUCGAAUCUAAGCGAUGAUCAGCGACAAGCUUAUCUUCGUGAAGACUACUUCGAGUUCCUUAUUGUUGAUUACUUGUUCCUUUAG